CUUGGACAUGGUUUUUGAAGUGUGUGACUCAUGACUUAGAGCUUCAAGAUGGAAGGGAUCUUACUAUCAUGUCUGAUAUGCAAAAGGGAUUGCUUAAAGCUGUAUCAGAAGUGUUGCCUGAAAGUGAACAUAGGUGGUGUUCCAGACAUAUAUUAGCAAACUGGUCCAAAGAUUGGAGAGGAUUAGAGAGGAGAAACAACUUCUGGAGGUGUGCUAGAGCAUCAUGUGUGGCAGAACUGAAUUUUCACCUGGACAGUUUGAAUAUGCUUGGGAAUGGGAUAUGUGAGAGCCUCUUGAGGUAUAACAAGGAAACCUGGUGUAGAGCAUACUUCAACUGUGACAGGAAAUGUGAUAUAAUUGACAACAAUAUGUGCGAGACAUUUAAUGCUUGGAUACUUGCUGAUCGGCACAAGACAAUUAUCACAAUGUUGGAGGAAAUUAGAGUGAAGAUGAUGGAGAGAAUAGGAAAGUUGAGGGAGUUUGCAGAUACAUGGAUAUGUGAUAUAUCUCCAAUUGCUAUGAAGGUGUAUCAAGAUAACAUGGCACAAUCUAUGAGGUGUACAAUCAAGUGGAAUGGUGAAUAUAGCUAUGAGGUUGAGGAUACCUCAUUAAGAGUGGUGCUGAAGCAUUGUGUGAAUAUGCAAGCUCAAACUUGUACAUGCAGGUCAUGGAUGCUGAAGGGUAUCCCUUGUGCUCAUGCCAUUGCUGCUAUGCAUUUCAAGAACCUUGACCCAAUUAACUACAUAUCUCACUGGUACCACAAAUCCACCUAUCUGAAGGCAUAUUCAACAUUCAUCCAGCCUGUGUCAAACAUGCAGAUGUGGCCAACAUCUACCAAUCCACCAAUUGAACCCCCACCAAUUAAAAAGAUGCCUGGUAGACCAAAGAAGAAGAGAAGAAGAGAAGAAACUGAACAUCCUACUUCUGGAAAGCUUUCAAGAAGGGGUAUGGAGAUGACAUGUUCAAACUGUGGUGGAUAUGGACACAACAAGAGGAGUUGCCCUAAGAAAAUGUGGAGGAAGAGGUAG